GUACUGCGUGGUUUCGACCCGGACAUCUACGACGAGGCUCUGACCCGUGUGGGCGAGGUCACCCCCGACAUGGGUGACAUCCACAACCUCGUUGUCUCCGGCGGCGGUGCCGCAGCGCCGACUCGUGGCACGCAAACCUGGUGCCGCGGCCAAGCGGAUCAUCCAUGCUGCUUCGCAGCUGAUGGGCACGGAGGCCGGGCUCAAGGCACUCGCGCAUUCGGAUGUCUCUUCUGCGACGCAGGGUCCAUGGAACGAGCGGUCCGAACCCCGCAGGGUCGCGGCAGCGUCGUGCGGCUGCUGAAGAGGUGGCGCGCGACCGCGCCAGCAGUCUAUGAAGCGGCGCUCCACCGCAGUGUGCUCACGUCCCUGCCGCUAGAGAUGCGGAGUGCCUUGAUCGAGCCUUCCCAACGCGCACUGCGUGCAUCGCGCGGAGGGCCGUCGAAGCCCGACAAGGACACUGUGCUCUCCUGGCGUACUUCUGUCCUGGCUCCUCCGACCCCUGCCGAAGUGGAGGAUUACAAGGCCCGUGUAGACUCCGAUCGCGAGUACGUCCACAAGAAGUUCUUUCCUGGCCACACACGCAGGGUGAAGCAUGCGCAGUGGACAUGGCGGAACCCGCAGUCGGAGGACCUGCAGAAUCGGGUCCAGGACCUGGCUCCGAACGACACCGGCCUUCCAUCGGCGUGCACGAGUUCGUCGGCAGUUGCUAUGGAAGCCUGGUGCAAGCGGGCCUCCUGGGGACUGUGUGCCGUUUGUGGAUCCGUGCAGCCACAGCACCUGAAGGAGGCAGCUUGCAGUCGCUUGCCGGCGGCGGUGAUCCAGCGGUGCAAGAACUGCAAGAAAGACAAGUCGAAGCAGAUCUGGGUCCCAUGGCCGGAGGAAGUUCCGGAGCCGCUGCAGGGUUUGUCCCGUGAAAUUAUUCUGGCUCUGCGUCCACUGGAGGUGGACUGCGGUCCAGAGUGGAAGGCGGAUUACGGGUACUUUUUCCACAGCACGAUGCUGCGGCUCGCAUGGUCCGCGCAGGACGUGGAGGAGAAGAUCGCCGGCCUGGAUGGCGCUGCUCGCCGCACUGCUGCGAAGGCCUUGCCACAUGUCACGCUGUCAUUGUGGGUUCGUUUGCUAGGAUGCUCACUCCUGCGUAGGCUUUCGAGUUCCUCAUACGCAGCGACGACUCCAGCUACCGCGACUUCGUCCAUCGCCACCGAGCCUUCAUGCAGCGGUACCCGGAGGCGGACCACGACCGGCGCAAGCGCCCGCUGCGAUGCAUCGAGGAGGCGGCCGUGGAGUGCGUUCUCUGGCCUCACUUGUACUGGGACCGGCGCUUGUGCGACCGCUCGCCUGGCGGACGUGCGGCGUGCAGCUCGCCGCCAGUCAGCUGAGCCGGACGACGACGGGUGGUCUGAGGACCAGGCAGGCGAGGAGGAGGACGUGGACCCUGCGCGCAGGCAGAGUCUCAAGCGCAACUUUCUUGCCAAGGCCCUGGGCCCCAUCGCGGACUACGCCGGCGAGUAUGAGUUGCUGCACUUCGUGUUCGAUCUCUCCACGUGGUCCGAUGUUGGCGGCAAGAAGGGUGCACUUCGCGGCACACCCAUGUGGCAAGCCAUGAAGGGCGCUCCGUGGACACCCCAAUAUUGGAAAGUGCGGCACGCGGCGGCGUUGGACAUGCAAGCCCAGUGCGGCCAUCCGGUGGCUUUCCUGACGUGGGCGCCUUUUGAGUGGUCCGCCCCUUACCAUGAGUGGUUGCUGCGGCAGAUGGCCCAGCUGGGUCGGCAGCGGCUGCAGCUGGCCGGCCCCGAGACGAUGCAUCUCGCCCACAUCCUCACGGAGCUCUUCCGCGAGUGGGUCUGUGGAGGCGGUCGAAAGUCUGGCGACGCCUCCAGCACCUGGCGCUCCGCCCUCCUUGGCGGCGUCAUGGAGGACGGGCGCAGGUUGAAGGUCAACUUCAUAGGGCGCCUCGAGUUCCAAGAUGGCAAAAGAAAGGAAGUCACGCAGAGCUACCACGGACGGGCCGCAGUCCACCUCCAUGGACUGGUGUUUGCAGACAGUCUAGCCCCCAUGCGUCUCCCCGACAAGGCGAGCGCGACGGUGCCUGAGGAAGGGAACCCUCUGCGAGGCUAUGUCCUUGAUGGCCAGGCUGGACGCACGGGCAGCGGAUGGCCACAGCACUCGGGCAACAACGAGUAUGAUGCGGUGCAGGACAAGGUGCGCUUGCACCACACGGAGUUGGACAAGAAGCUCGGCAUCAGAGGGUACAUCCCCGAAGUUCUGGAUGUGCUGAAGUGCCAUCAGGACCUGCAGCUGGACCGUGGCUCCGGCCUCAUGCUUAAGUACACCGCCACUUACCUACCGAAGUUCGGCGAUGGCCCGGGCAAGGAGCUCAUGGACGACGCCAGCAGCGGCUACGGCGCAGCUCGCCGAGUUCUCUUCACCUUCCAUCCCGGGGAGCCGGAAAUGUGGCUUCUUCUUGCCAAUCAGACAUUUCCGAUGUUCUUCAUGGGAGGCACGAUGCAGCCGAUCAUCGCACCCCAUCCAGGAAUGCCGGUGAAGCCGGAGUACCUCCAACUCUACGAAGCUGCGGACUGGCGCUGCGACAUGCCACUGAUCGAAUACCUGCGGAAGGUCAAUAAGAAGGGCGCCAUCCUGGAGCAUAUCCGAAAAGCCUAUCUGCGGACGGACCAAAGGGUCCCUCUGCAGGACUUCGCCGUGCGCUUUGAGACCUUCGGGGAAAAGAUCAUCGCCGCGGAGAUGGUCUCCAUGCAGAACGACAAGUUCUACGGGCAAUGGAUGGCGCUGCACAUUCCGUACAAGCGAUUGGAAGAUCUCCUGUUGCCGGAGAUCGUGCAGUCGGUCCCCGAUCAGGUGAAGUUUCUUGCGUGCGCCCUGCACUGGGCGCCCGAGCUCUGGCGCAGCGCCCCACGCGUGCGCGAGUACAUGGCUCUGCGCGCCCACCGGGAUGCCUACAUUGAGACAGUGGUCAGCAUGCUCCAGGCGCAGGCUUUCUUCAUCCAGCAGCACCUCUCAGGAGAGCUGCGGCGUGUGGAGGCCGUCGCCGUGCCCCGGAGUAUCGCGGACCUUUUCGAAGAGAGGUUGGACGACCUCGUCUUCACCGCGGAGCAAGCCACCUUCGAGCGCAACGUCAACCAGCGGGUGGACCAAGCCUUGCGACUUCGGGAAGUGGAGGACGAACAGGAGUACGAGCGCUUGGCAGGCAUCAUUGAGGAGCAUGGCUCCAUGGUCGCUUGCUCCGGCGCUCCGGGCACAGGCAAGACGGCCGUCCUGGACCGUUGCAUCCGGCGGGCCCAGCAGCGGGGAGCGCGCGUGCUCAUUGCUCUCCCGACUGGCGUCCAGCGGGCGCGUAUGAAGCAGCGCCAUCCGGAUGCGGAGCUGGACACGUGCCACGGGGCCUUCCUGUUCCACAAGCCGCUCGCGGAGGCCAUGGGCAUCAUGAGCUGCUAUGAUCUCAUCGUCAUAGACGAGGCGCCGCAACUCUUUGAAGAGCACUUCGACCGCCUCGACGAGAUGUGGGUGGCUGCAGGGAAGGCGCCAUGUCUCGUCUUCGCCGGCGACGAAUGGCAGCUACCUCCACCGGACCGCACCAAGCGGAGUUUGGUCAGGCAUCCCAAAUGGAACCUGGUCCGCAAGAUCGAGCUCCACCACAUCUGGCGUCAGCAUGAAGACGACCCUCUGCAAAGCAAGUUGACCUUCCUUCGCAAGAAUCGGCCCACGGGCACGGAAGGAAGCACUUUCGUGCGAGACCUGUGCCGCAACCACAAGGCCUGGUCCGGGCACCACCGGCCGAGAGCAGAGGACAUCCAAGCGCUCAUGGAGAGGACGGCCGGGGACACGACGGUCAUCACCUGUACUCGUCGUGGCGCUGCGCUCGUCAACGCCCUGGCCCAGGAGGUACUCUUCAAGCGCGCAGGUCAGCCAGCCUUGGGGCGCGUUGCUGCCGACUGGGAAAGCAACCCUGCGAACUAUGACGAGGACACCGGGGUCCUCCUGGACCGUUGCCCCGAGCCUUGGCAGCUCACCCUCUACGCUGGCCUGCGAGUCCGACUCACACGCAACAUGGACAAGGCCCAUGACUUCGUGAACGGCAUGGCAGCCACGGUCCUCAGCUUCGACCCACGCUACAGUGCACUGAUCGUAGAGACCGAGACCUCGGAGACUCUCUGCGUCUAUCCUGUCAGUGACGACAACGUCCCAGAUGGCCACGUGACGUACCAUCCAGUGCGCCUCGGGUACGCGGAUACGGUGCACAAGUUCCAGGGCGCAGAACUGCGCCAUGUGACCUUCUGGCCAGAUUGCCCUGGAUGCGCCGCUGCAGGGUACGUCGCACUUUCCCGCGUCCGGCGCGAUUGUGACUACCUGCUCGGAGGCUGCGUGGCUGCGGAGCACUUCGUGCCGGCCAUGUGA